AUGCUCCGACUUUGCCGUGUGUUCCGAUCAAACACUCUCCGGGCUCCGAUCCUGUGGCCCGGAGUCCCCUCAUUCUCAGGACCUCCAUCAUGUGAUCGCGGGAAGGGCGAGAGCACCUCUCCAGCGAGUCGACCGCUGCCUGGGGCCACGUCGGACCUUCCCUGUCCUAGUGUUGCUCCCCCGCGCACCGGGUCGCCCGUCGACUUCCCGUUUCACCUCCGCGGCCAAGCGGGGCCUCUCCGGUUCUGUUGCGGAGACGGCCGAUGGAGAUGCUUCAGCAGCGAAUCAAGUGGCCGGGAAUAUCUGGACUAUGAUGUGGUUAUCGUGGGUGCGGGGCCCGCCGGGCUGUCGGCGGCCAUCCGGCUGAAGCAGAUGUGCCAGGAACAGGGGACCGACCUAUCAGUCUGCGUAGUGGAGAAAGGAGCAGAAGUGGGUAAGGACUCCUUGCUGUCGAUCAGUUAUUUCCUUUAUUCUACCGUGUGCUGAAACACCGAACGUGAAUGUCAGUAAAGGAAUAUAUACUCUUCAUAUAUCUUUUAUUUUGUCCGAAAGCGACUCUUUCUGGUAUGGUGGGUUCUACAGGCUAGAUAGUACUAUUGGAGGAUAUACUGACUAGAUGUUAUUCGAUCUGCAUUGCUUCAGAGAGUGUUUAUUUCAGGCCGGGCAAUUGAUUAAAAGCUUCACAAAAUAUUCUGUCAUUUUUUGAAACAAAACUUUGAUCAUGGAGCCCUAGCUGAUCCCAGAUUGACUGAAUUAGACUUGCUUAUGACUUCUUUCUGCUUAUAUACUCCAUGGUAGGUGUUUCUAGUUUAUAAUACAGUGAAAACUACUAUCAAUUGAACAUUCAUUUAAUGUGUCAUCAUUUCUUAUUAUAUAUAUAUUUUACUCUUGUCAUUAAUAUAUAUAUUAUUUUUACUUUUUUGGGGGGUGGGGGGACUUGGUCGUGUUUUCUCAUAAUGCCUCUAAUGUCUGGCAUGCUAUGAUUGAUUCCGAUGAGAACAGGAUAAAAAAUAAGAGAAGGUGCAUUCUGCAACACCAAAUCCUUUUAAAGCCCAAACUUCCAUUUCUCCCACUCGUUGUCCCCUCUGUUUUGCCCUUCCUCUAAGGGGUUGUUGUGUAACAAGUGCAUAAUGUCCACUGGAACGUCCAUGGAUUUUAUCAUCAACUUGAUGAAUUAAUUUAAGUAUGUAGGACUUUCCUAUUAGGACAGGUUGUUCAAAAGGAUCUCCAGUUCCUCCAUCUAUCUUGUAAGUUAAUCAACGAUCAAUCAUAAUGUCCAAAAGAAGGCUACUAAUGGUUGUGGGAAGCACAUGCUGCGUCUACAUGUUUUUCUAAAGGUGAAGGAAGGAGCAAUUAUUAUUGGUCAUGCAGGAAAAAACGAAUUGUACAAAAGCAUAUCCACAUUUUGAAGAUUAUUUAAACUUGUGUGGAUGCAUGUAAACUGCUACUGUACUAAAGUGGAAUCCAAGUCAUACGAACAUAUGCCUUUUUGAUAUACCUAUAUCAUGUAAACAAUGUGGAUGGAUAGUGAUACUACAGCCUAAAACUUGACAUAUGUUUCAUCUUUGUAAAGUCCCCAUGUAUCCAAGAGGAAUCUUCUUUAGUAAAUAACUAGCAAUAUUUGUUAUCGUAGAAUAUUAGCAAGCACCCCAUUACUGUCCAAUAUAUAAGAAUGUCAGAAGAUGUGCUAUCGACAUCAAAAGUUAUGGUAAAAUAACUAGGUUAUUAGGACCAUAUGCUGUAAAAUUUGUUUGAUAAAAUUUUUGUUAUCCUUUCAGAAGCUAAAAUCUUCCUAGAGGCUCAAUCCUUUUCUUUCAGGAAAAUCACCAUUUUAGUGAUGUAAGUCAUAAUUUUUCACAGAACCUAUGCAUUAAGACUGUGACAGAGAGGGAGACAAAACUAGCUGUGCUGAAUCAUUUGACCUUUGAAAGAUAUGGUGUUGUGAAAUUAUUAAAAAUUAUCAUUUCAGAGUUGGAGUGAAACAUGUUUCUCAGGAGACCGCUGGAGUUCGAAGCAAGUUUUUUGUGGAAAUUCACGAAAAAUGUGAGUGAUAUUUAAAAAUAUGAAAUUAAUUUUAAUGCAUUUAUUUUCAACUAGCUUUCAAUUGAAAUAACCGAUAAACUUUUAGGUGGGCUCAAAUUUAUGGAGAAAAUCCCUCGUGUUGAAAAUAUCAAUUUCUUGUGUUUCACGGUUAAAUGUUAUACAUAUACAAUAUAUAUUAUUGAACACCGUUAUAUGAAGCACGGCCUCGUGGUCUUUGCCUCAUACUUUUCCUCCUUUCCUUUACUGACAAUGUGUUCAUUUAUGUCAGACCAAGGGACACUUGCAUAAUACUUAGUAUAUCUAAAAUUCUAAACACAAUAGUUUGACUUGUAAAACUAGCAGUACUUCAAAAUGCUUAAAGAUCUUAGAUGACUUGUCCCAAAUAAUAGAAUGACGUGAAUUAUACCUGAUCGUGAUGGUACGGGAUGAACUUUCACCUGGCUUCUUAAUAUCUAUUCGGCAUGGCAUUAUACACAUUGAUAUGGCAUAAUAAAAAUUGUAAUAUUCUCUAUAACGAAAUUGAUGCAUAUUCCAACACAUCCUCUGCAGUUUUCGUUCAAAUUUUCUAAAGCUUAAUAUAUUUCUUUUGAAACUGCUUUCCUUUUUUCUUUCUAUGUAAAAUUAACUGACAAAACAGAAAUUCUUUGAGCUGCUUUGCAUUCUAAAGUGGAAGAAAGGGGAAAGUGGUUGGAUAUUUCUCGUAGGGAGUGAGGUUCUGGAUCUUUUGCAGGACAAAUAACUGAAGACGGCUGCUCUUGUGUAGCAUGAACGCCAUUGGUGUCCAAGUCAAUAUGUUUGAAUUUAAAAUUCGAAUAGAUAUAAUUUUAAGUGUGGUGACUCCAUAGCGUAAUAUUGUCUAAGGUUGCAUUGUUUUAAUCAUGAAAUAUGCGUUCUUAUCUGCUUUUCAUUUUAAAUGUCUGGUCAUUUUUCAGGUGCACAUAUCUUAUCAGGGAACGUUUUUGAGACUCGUGCUUUGGAUGAGCUUAUUCCAGAGUGGCGACAUGAGGGGGUAAAAGCUGAAUCUAUCUGUUUAAUUAACACUGCCGUCAAUUAUUACUCAGUAACUGAAUAAAUGCUUCUUAUGAGAUCAAAUGGAAUGGUGUAAUUCCUCAGUGCUGAUAUCUCUCUCAAAAAUUUGCAGGCUCCAAUUGAAGUAUCAGUUUCUUCUGAUAAGUUUUAUUUUCUCACGAGGAACCAUGCAGUGCCACUUCCAUGCCCAUUUGAUAACAAAGGGAACUAUGUAAUAAGGUUGUGAAAUCGUAAUUUAGAUUGUGGAUAAUGCUGAGGUUAAUUAUGCUAGCUUCUAGCUUUUUGCACUUAUUUUCAUUAUUUUGGUUUGAUUUUUACUGUCUAGUUAUCGUAAUUCAUGCUUAUUGAUGAUGAUGAUGCCAAUUUUUUUUCUUAGCUUGAAUGUUCCUCAAGUGAGAGCCAUUUCAUGCAUGGAUUUUGGUUCGAGGAGAUUUUAUUUCAUGCUUUCGCUUUUGUUUUUCAUUUUCUAAGCUUGUAUUUUUCCAGGGUUUCAUUUUUGUUUUUGACCUGAAUCGACGUCUUCAAGCCCCAGGUUGACUUAACUGUGUUCGCAUCUGCAAAGUGACCUCAUAAUUUUGAGAGCCCUGUUUCCGCACGACCACAGUGGAUCAAGAUUGAUUAACCAAAUUCAUUGCCUAGAUACAUGUGACUAAGAAAACUACAGAUGUCUCAAGAAGUAUUUGAUCUAAUUUCUUAAAUUUGUAGGGAAUUUUAUCGUUUCUUGGGUUAACUCUGCUGUUUAUUUUCUAAUAUCCCUUUAACCUAUUUAUCCUGAAAUAUAGCCCUGGAAUUUUCAUUUACGUGCAUGAAAUGCACCAUAUAUUGAUGUGAAUAUCUUUGUCGUGAACACCAACCAGUCCACAUAGCCACACGCAGCGACAUUUAACCUGCCAUGAAAGAUGGAGUGAUAGAGGGAGGAGAUGGGGAAAGAAAGGGGAUGCUUUUAAAGGUCCCCUCGUGCAGUUUUCCUUCUAGGUUGGUUCCAAUCCGAACUGGCCGAUUUGGAUUGGAUUCUAUGGUACCAAUAUAGUUAAAAAUACUCAAAACUUUGAUAAUAUAUUAGACUGGCUGAUUUUGGGCGAGGCAACAUUGAUAAGGGGGUAGGGCCGAAAAAGAAGAAGAUAAGAAGAAAAAGUUGAUGAAGAUAAGGAGAGAGCACAACUGGCUGCAGUUGGCAGUGAGAGAAUAGAAGAGUGCCGUAACAGCUGCUGAACUGGCUUUGUCAUCACAUAGUAGUGUAGUAUUGCAUUUAUUUUAAAUAAUAAGAAACUAUUCAUGUUAUUAACCUGUAUAUGGGAUCCAACUAUAGUUUCUGUUCAAAGUUCAGAGGCCAGUCUUCCUUUUGGACCGCGAAUUACACUUUAGGUCUGUAAAACUUUUCCAACGCCUGCAUGGUUCUGAGCUUUGUGUUUCAUAUCUUUCAAAAUAUUUUCAUCUUCAUGUGCUUGCUUACCAGUAAUUGUACUUAAGUACCAUUUCUUGGGAGCCUGGAAAUUGUUCUCUUCAGAAUCGUUUGCAUCAUGUGUCGACUCUUAUUUAUUUAUUUGAAAUUGAUUUGUUUAUUCAAGCUUGACCUCUCUGUUUUAACUUAUUUACCUUUUUAAGCACUUUAAGAGUGUUUGAGCACUUGACCUUUUUUUAAUUGUGAGCUAUAAUUUGUUGAUGUUGGAUAUCUACAGCUUGAGCCAGCUAGGCCGUUGGAUGGCCAGCAAAGCUGAGGAUUUGGGUGUUGAAAUCUAUCCAGGUUUCGCUGCUAGUGAGGUAUCUGAUCUAUUUGUGUAUUAUUCAAGGUGGAAGUCUUGGCAGCUUUGAUUGAGUGUGACUACUUGGCAGAUCUUAUAUGAUGAAGACCACAAGGUUGUUGGCAUCAGAACAAAUGAUAUGGGCAUUGCUAAAGAUGGUUCAAAAAGGGAAACUUUUCAGCAUGGUGUGGACCUCAAAGGUCUCUAUACGAAGCAUUUUUAUGUUCACCAGUAUUUUCGUUGGUAUUUUGUUGUGAUAUUGAUCCCAUUAUAAAUUUUAGAACAUUAUGUUCUUGUCCACUGAAAGUCAUGGCAUAAAACAAGUGGCUUAGGUUUCAUGAUUGAUUGAUAUAAACUGUUACCUUUCAUCAGCUGCCAACAUUUUUUCUAUUUCCUUUUAUGUGAUCAAGUAAUACUGGGGUCAUUUGCAGAUUCAUUCACUACAUGAGAUUAAAUGCUUUGUGAUUUUUAACCCAUUUCUUUCAUCACUUCUUUUAUUUUGAUUUAUACAUUAUUAUUAACUUUUUGAAGAUUGAUAUUUUGCAUUACUGAUUCUUCUAUGAGCGUCAUCUUUGUUUUCGUAAUUGUUGAACUCUCUAGGAUUGUUUUUCCUUUCUAUCCGUUUCUUUUCACUGUAUUUUUGUUCUUCUUUGUCAUUCCCUUAAAGUGGAUCCAUUAGACUGUUAACAGAUCCACUUAAAGACAUGUAAUGGGCCUGGCCCAUUAACUCAUGUAACCUUACUUAAGCAGAAAACCAAGAUAAUUGAUAAAAGAUUUUGGGAUUGCGAAAAUUAUGCUCCAAGAAGUGGUGACUGGUUCAUCUUCCUGGAAGAUGAGGAUCGUGAAGAUCGAAUCCUUUUUAUUCUCCAAGUUGCAAGAAUCUCAAUCAAGAUCAAUUCUCAACCGUAAUCAUGGUGGAAAUUUUGGGUUUUGAUCUCUGCCUCAUGUUUUUGUUUCUCCUGUCCAUUCUCUAUAAGCGGUUGGUCUAUUAUGAAAAGCUGUGUUUUUCAUAGAUCUUUUCUCAUUAUUUCUCUCCGAACUGGAGCAUGGCCUAAAAAGACUCUCCUUCAUUCUGUUGAGUUAUAUUACCAAAAAAACUCCAUAUUUCCAUUUAUUUAUCGAAUUAAUUUCCCACAAAUUUGUCAUUUCAGAGUUAGUGAGAACAUGCUGACUGCAAAAUGGUGAUGCAGGACGUAUCACACUUCUUGCUGAAGGAUGCAGAGGUUCACUAUCAGAGGUCUGAUGAUAAGUUCUUUUGAUUGGUUAAAUUCCUUACCACUGAUCACUGAAAAAAUGCAUUUCUGUAUGUAGAUGUUUAAAGUUAAUUUAUUUAGCACAUAGCUUAGAUAUUUUAUUUCCAGAAAAUUAUUGGGAAGUUCAAUCUACGAGAGAAGAGCCUUGCACAACACCAGACUUAUGCCAUUGGCAUUAAAGAGGUAAUUUAGAUUCAUUGUCCUUCUCCAUUUAGCAUUUUUCUCUCACAUAUGCUGCCUGGAUUAUGCACUUUUUAACCACACACAGUCCGGUGGUACUUUGUUAUCAAAUCCAAAGAUAAAUUUCUCAUUGCUGCCUUUGGUGAUAUAACCUAUCUUGACAGUAAAGUUGGUACUUCUGCAAAGUCAUAAUGUCAGACACAUCAGCUGUUUAAAGUCCUGCAGAAUGCUAGUAUUAAGUAGGAGUAGAGUUCAAUACAAGAAACCUCCAAAAAUCAAAUUUCAAGGUUCAACAGUUUGGCCUAUACGAUUCAUGGCAAAAAUAUGGGAAAGAUUCUUUACGACUCUUUUUAAUUUUACUGGAUGAGAUUCGUCUAUUACUAUAAAGGCAGAUGUCAGUGUCAGGAAGAGGAGAACCUGUCUUUGGAAUUCGGAAGGCUCCCUUUAAUUUUUUAUCAAUUACAAAGGAGGGACUUUUGACUUAACCUCUGGAUACAGUUUGCACAGUUGUAUCUAAUUGCAUGAUCUCCUUGAGUGAAUUAGAGCUUUCUUGGAGAUCACACUGUUUGAUAAUGUUUGCACAGUUUGCACACUUUCAUUGCUGGGAACAUAUCUCUAUAAAUCACUCUUGAGGGAAAUUAGCAAUAUAUAUUAUACCUCCUUAUGUUGGGUAAUUUGGAAUUUUUUAUCAUUGCCUCUAGCAUAACAACAUCGGUAACUAUUUUUUUAAUAUCAUUCCCUCAAUACUUUCUUCCAUUUAUUCCUUGUCUGUCUGAUAUUCCAUAUGUUCUCCACCUCUCAUUGUGAAUGUCUGUGCAUUCUUAAGGAGUUGCAUAUUGUUGUUACGAAUUAAACACCCAUGGGGCGUUUUGAUUAUAGGUUAGGAUUAACUAUGUUAACCUUGCUUUGCUUCUGGUUUACAGUUUAUUCGACUUUCAGUUUAACAGUGAUAUCACUCCAUCAUAAGUUAAUUUAGGUUAAUUUGGUUUUUAGUUUGAUAAUGGGUGAGAUGUGUUAAGCAGGCUGAGUUCCACCAUUCGACAACUUUGGUUGAAUAGGGUUGUGAUUUUAUCUCUGCUUAGGUCUAACCAGCACUCUUGUGACUCACUUAUCCAUCCAAGCUUAUCAAAAUCGGAUAGCUGGGUUAUCUCGGAUAACCCAGCCUAUUCCGAUUCUAACUUGUUAUCUAAUUGCACAGAUAAGGCAUCAUUUAGGUGCUCAUAUUUAAAAUUCAUAAUUCUAGGAAGAUGUUAGAUUUAUGUGACGUGGACAGCUGAUGAUGAUAUGAUCAGCAGUGAACACGCCCACAUUCGUUACAUGAACCCUGAUUCAUAAUGUUAAAAAAAAAACGUUCAGUCGAAUACUUUUGUUUGAAGAGUCAUAGUUGAUGAGAGUUUCUGAUUUUUUUUUUUGAAUGUAGAAACUAUUGUUUUAUGAUAACUGACUCUACAUAAAUGUACCUUUUACUCUGCAGUUUUAUACAGCAGCAGAUGUUUCUCAUUUAUUAAUAUUUGUAUCUCAUAUAAUUUGGUUUUAUCAGGUGUGGGAAAUCGAGGACGAAAAACAUGAGCCAGGCUCUGUUCUUCACACAGUUGGAUGGCCAUUGGAUGGGACGACUUAUGGAGGAAGUUUUCUGUACCACAUGAAAGAUAGGCUGGUAAGUUUGUGCAGUGCUCUCUUGAAGAGAUAAUGAAUACAAGGAAAAACAGUUUUUAAUGAUCUAUAAAGAAGACAGGACUGAAAAGGCUAAUUUGAAAGUGAUAGUCUGAGGUGGUUAGCUUCUUUAAAACUUUAUAGUACCCUGAUAUUGUCAAGAAGAAUAUUAAGUGAAUAAUCGAAAAUUUGAAUUUGGAAAAUUCUACACUUGUCUGAACAGUGGAUUCAUUUUUAACCUACUUAAUUUCAUUCUUGAGUGCCAUAUUACUUUUCUACUUGAUGGGUCAAAGGUAUUUCCAUUUGAUCGAUCACUUUUAUAUGCCAUUCUACAUUUGAAAGCUCUCUGAAGCGCGUUACUUGUCAGAAUAUGCAUUUCAUUUUAUCGUUCUAUGCAGUCUGACCAUGAAAAAACAUCCUCAAGUCUAAAAUAGCAAGUCUGACUUCCCCAAGUCUUCAUCACCUUUCUUUUUGAAACUUUCUGACAGAAAGCUCCCUUUAUCAUUUCUCCAAGAACUCCAUAAGUCUUGAUUUUAUCAAAUGAAGCACAGUCUGAUCCAGAUACGCUGCUCUAAACUUUAAUUUGUAUGACAUUUAAUAUCUCCUUUCAUCAAAGCUUUUGUACUAUUUUUUCUUAUGCUGAUUAAAAUUUGGUAUCGUUUUUAGCUAUCCUCCAUGCCCUCUUGAAAAUUUAGUAUGAUCUUUAUCACAAGCUAGUGCUGGUUACUUUCUGUGCUAAUCUCAAACUUGUUUGGUCUCUCUCCGCCAUUAACCACUAACUUAUGUCUUCUGAUCAAGUGAAAUCGGAUCCAACUAUUUUUUGCACGUUACUUUUUAAUGUAUUUGAUGGGAAAAUGGAUUUCUACUGUAUGACUGUCUUGGCGGAUUGGCUAUAUGAUCUAGGAGCGUUUUCUCUUCAAGAUGAUGGGAUCUAUUGAACACAGAAGUGACGUAAUCUGUUGGUUAAAAUCAUGUAAACCUGUCAUUUGUGAUCAAGAAGCUGAACUCUCAUGAAAUCCUCUAGAUCAGAUUAACGUUUUCUUGAAUUGUUUGCCAUAUGUGUCGUUAACAGUACAAAUCGCAUUAAAUGACGUUUGCUAUUACUAACUGUGGCACAUGUUUGUAAAGUAGAACAUUAAAGGGAAAAUGAUAGGUCACAGUUAUAGUAAUCUUUGGCAUUGAUAAAAUCGAAACAAUUCAAUAAAUUACUAUAUUUAAGAUAAUGUCCAAUAUGACGAUUUUUUUGCUUUUUUAUUUAUUGUAGGUUUCGAUUGGCCUUGUUAUCGCCUUGGAUUACCACAAUCCUUUUUUGAGCCCCUAUGACGAAUUCCAGGUUGUCUAUUGUUUUCCAUAUUUUCUCUCUUGCAUGACAUGCAAAUACAGUUUCAGUACAUUAAAUUUAUAUUCUCCUUUGUCGUUGAUUUCAUACUCAUCAAAUGAUUUGUUAUAGUCACCAAAUGAUGUUGAUUAUUAUAAAAGGCAAUCCAUGAGAAGGCUAAUGAUUUGUUUUAGUCACCCAAUGAUUUUUUGCUGUCACCCAUUCCUUUUAAGAGGUGAUUGAUAGGAAAACACAAUGCUCAUUGGUAGGCCGAUCCAUAUUCAUAUUCGUUGCCUUUUAAUCAAUUAUCAAUCAAACCAUUAACUUCAAGUGCAAUCAAGGGGUUUCUUGGCAACCAAAACUAAUUUCUGUCUUAUACUGUGCUUUUAUGUGUUUGUGCCCAAAUCCAAACUUUCUGGGUAUUUAUAGCCCUCCACCAAGCCAUAGCAGUUGGGAAUUAUUAAUGUAAACUAAUCCUUCAGUUUCCAUUUCUCGUAAAUUUUUAUUAUUUUUUUCUGGAAACUUUAUUAGAGGUUCAAAUGCAUUAGGAAAAGAAUUGAUAGGAGUUAACAAGGAGGUGCCAGAGCUUUGAGUCCUAUUUUAAACAAGAUUAUCUGCUUCUUCUGUCAAAGGUCGAGUUUGAGAAGCUCUGUUACACUCUAUUGUUGAUCAAAGUAUCAAUUAUUUGAUACGAUUAUUGUUUAAUGUGGAUUCGCGACCUGCUUAACACAAACUUUCUCGUUGAAUGUUAACACAGUAUAAUGUGGUAGGCUUCAAAUAAUCUUCAAUGGAAUUAUUGGCGUUCACGUAAUUUUAAAUUACAAAAGAGCGGAUGAGGAUAAGAAUUAAGUGUAGUGCGCAGAGGUUUCAACUACAAAUUCCACAGGUAACGCUUUUCUCUAUGUAAGUGCCUAGGGGGAACCCAGAAUGAAGUCUCAGAAUGCUUGUCUAUGUGCAAAAUAGUAUGCAUGAGCCUGACAGAAACUGGAACAAUACAUGAGCAAUGUGUGACAAUUUUGGCUUCACUUUGCCCCUAUAUAUCUAGGGUGGCUGUUUAAGAUUUGUCUAUUUCUGCAUAGAUACUUUAUUGUUUUCAUUACUAGUGUGCAAUGUAGAUGCUCUGUAAUCUGGAUUCCAUUUUAGUAUUUACUUUGUACAAACAGCUCACCUUAAUUAUCGAUGGACAUAAUUUUUUACCAUAUGCUUGUCCCAUCGAUUCUAUCUGCGUGCUUUUACUGAUCAAUCCUGAUUUUUUUUCUGUGCUUCCUUGGAAUAGAAAUUAAAACAGCAUCCUCUUUUUAGACGGCUUUUGGAAGGUGGAACUGUUCUCCAAUAUGGUGCACGCACAUUAAAUGAAGGUGGUUUCCAGGUAUGUUUAGUCCGUUAUUUUUUAUUUACAGUUUUUAUGAGAGCCACGUUUUCCAAACGAUGACAAGGUAGCGAUCAUCUUCUCUAUUUGGGGAUUUUCUCUAAGAGGUACUUUCCAUCUAUUUUCUCUAAUAUCCACCAGCAGACAUCUUUCAAUUUGGUUCACAAAAUAACAAGGAUUCUCAGAGUUUCGGGUGUAUUUUUUAUUUCCUAUAAUUCAUAGGAAAGUUGCAACACGUUCUUCUGGAAUUGGACAAACUGUCUUAAUUUUUUACCUUUUGUCAGUGAUCUGUGUCAGAAGGCUGAUAAAGUAGCAUGCAGCUUUGCGUUUGUUGUCUCUUAAAUCUAAAAAGAAAAAAAAAAAUCUAGAAAAACUUCUCAUUUCACUUCAUUUGACAAAUUCGGUGCACAUUAUUUCAGUCAAUCCCAUAUCCGGUGUUUCCUGGGGGAGCAAUCGUUGGAUGUGCUGCGGGCUUUAUAAAUGUACCGAAAAUAAAGGGGACGCACACUGCCAUGAAAUCAGGUUGUUCUCAUAUGAUAUUCUCCCAUCAUUAUAUAUGUAUAUUUUUUUGUUGUUUUAUGGCCAAUUUAUCUAUUAUAUUGUUUUAAUUAACUGGAAAACAUUUUCCUGCAUCACUAUUCUGGGUUGUUGGAUAUUUCAGUAUCCAUGUGGUGUUCCUCAUUAAUCAUUUCUUGCCAAAACCUUUUAGAUUUUUUUCAUUCUUCCAAAACUAACAAUCAUCUAAAUAAGAACUGUCAUCUUGUCCAGGAAUGCUUGCAGCGGAGGCGUCCUUUAAGGCACUGAAUGGGAAAGCGGAUAUGGAGACAUACUGGGAUAGUCUAAAGAAAUCUUGGAUCUGGGAAGAACUUUACAAAGCACGUAAUUAUCGUCCAGUAAGUUACACACAUUCUGGGUUCAUAGCUUCUUUUGACCUUUAUUUUAAACUACUCUUACAUUUUUCAUUUUCUUUAUUUAUGAGUUAACUUAGUUAUGUUUGAUCAUCGACCUUAAGAUAACUAUUUCUGCACACAGGCAUUCAAGUAUGGGCUUAUUCCUGGCUUGGGCUUUUCUGCACUAGAACGGUAAGACUUUUCGAAUUUCUCUGCCGCCAGCUCUUGUCCAUUUGAUUUUCGUUAUGUAAGUGAAGUUUGAAAUUGUUCUAUAUUUUAGAUAUAUCUUCAGAGGAAGAUUUCCAUUGACACUCAAGCAUAGUAAGCCAGAUCAUGAAGCCACAGAUGUAAGCCACUCCACCAACAGCAUAUAUUUGAUGUUCAUUACCUUGUUUCUAUUGAUUCAUUGUUCAAUAAAGUUUCCAUUAUCUUCAGGUAGCCAGUCUACACGUGCCAAUAGAUUAUCCCAAGCCAGAUGGAAUACUAACGUUUGAUGUCCCAACUUCCUUACACAGGUUGAGUGGACAUUACUUUCCUUUCUCCUUCAUUCCAGGGUCGAACUUAGUUGAUUUUCUGUGGAGAAACGUUAGGUUCAAAGGAAAAUGGGCUUCUCAUAUUACUUUCUAUCUGUGGCGUGCCUCUUUUGUUUCGCCAGUCAUUUUUCUCAGCCAGUGUUUCUUCACUUCAGUAGGGGAAAAUUGCCAAAAGAACGCUACAAAUCUUCAGAACAUAGCUGAACUGAACCAAAGAUUACAUAAUCUUCAGAAUAUGCUCUUGUCAUCAUAAACCUCUUAACUGCAAUAUUCUACAAGAUCAAGAUAAUUUUUUAACUGGAUUUAAUGAUUUCAUAUAUGUUUUCUAUUUAUCUGCAAUAUUCUGUGUACUGAUUACAAAACCCACUUUCAAAAACAAAAGGGUUGGCAUCAAGAACAUGGAAAUUAAUAAUUAUUAUAUACUACUCUACAUAGUUUUUCCUUCUACAAAAAAAAUAUGUACAUUUUUGGAAAGCGUUUGAUCUUUCCU